AUGGCAACGAAUGAGGUUUCGACAUCACAAAUAGAUGAUAAUAAUUUGUCAAAUAAUCAAAAUCAUAACAUAAACAAUAGUCCUUUAUAUGCCGAAUCAAACAUGACACGUCAACAAGCCAUACAUGAAAUAGCUGAUAUUAUUUUAAGUUCUAAUAUGAAUCCACGAUCAGUUAAAUAUACUUUAGAAUUAUUAAAAAAACUGUUACCAUCUGAUAAUACAUUACCAAAUACAAUUGAUGAACUUUUUCGUUCAAUGAUGUCGUCUGAAAAUGAUUGGCGUUUGACACAAUAUUUUAUAAGACAUAAACAAUGUCCAUCAUUUUUAUCAGGAUCAUCUAAUAUACACAAUGAAAAUUCAAAUAUAUCAAGCAAUCUUGAUAGUUCAUCGUCAAUACAACAACAAGAUGAAUACAAUAUUUCAGAACAACCAUCAUCUGUAUUUUUACCAUUGGAUGAUUAUGAUUCAUCAUCAUCAAGUUCCGAUGACGAAAAUCCUUAUGAAAGACUUCAAGAAUAUUUACGACCGAUUACUGAAAUAGCAAGAGAUUUUAAUUUGAACUAUACAACAACAUUACCUAUUAAUAUUAAUCAACGAUCACAAUUAGCAUCUGAUUCAAUUAAUUCAUCGAAUAUUUUCGAUGAAUUUAAUCGACUAAUAAAUGAAACUACAUCAACAGUAUCUAGUAAUGAACAAGAUUUAUUUUAUAGAACAAGAAUAUUUGAUGAUACUGAUAAUGAAACAUCAUGUUAUUCAAUGUUGAAUGAUAAUAAAAAAUUGUGUUGUUUUGAAAUAAAUGGAUAUGAUCUACUUAAUGGUGGUAAACGGCGUCGAUAUUAUUAA